AAUGGCUCCAGCUCUGGUUUAUUGUUUUACAAAGCAUUACCAAUGCACUAUUGAAAGCUGGGAAUCUUCAAGACAUGGUUUUUGGGAAAGGUGGUUGAAUCUUGUGAAGAUAGGAGCACGGUUGUUUCAUAGUAGUGAAGCAGUGUUUUCCUACUGUGACAACUUGCCUUCCAGUUGUUUUUCCAUAGCAGGGGUGUCUGGGCUGGAGUCACAGGAAUGGAAAGUCCUCUUGUGCAAGAGCUGUGAGCUCCCACGGGCAAAACCAGGAUCUGCCUGUUUUGCACGCACGUCUGCUCAGCCGGGCUGGGGCUUCUUUAUCAUCAAGGAUUAAGGGCAGUUAUUGGGACAAGCCAGAGAUCAGAUGUGAGGUGGCAGAGCCCAGCUGAAACUUUGUCCCGAAAAGUGCCAUCACCCUAGUCCUGCGAGUCUGGAGGCGCGGCCCCGCUCCCCGGGCGAGGGGAGGGCUCGGAGCUGYCGCUCCGCCCCGGCCGGGCGGGACCGCUAUUGGCGGGACAAGAGGGGACAGGACGGCACCAGGAGCCAGCAGCAGCGGCAGCGACACGAUGGGGCUGGAGCUGUACCUGGACCUGCUCUCGCARCCCUGCCGGGCGCUCUACAUCUUCGCCCGGAGCAACAACAUCCCGUUCGAGUUCAAGCGGGUGGAGCUGCGCAAGGGGCAGCACAAGACAGAGGAGUUCCGGAAGGUGAAUGUCCUGAUGAAAGUGCCUGCACUAAAGGAUGGUUCUUUYACCUUAGCAGAGAGCAUUGCAAUCCUCCUGUACAUGGUCAACAAAUUCAAGACUCCUGAUCACUGGUAUCCAUCUGACCUGCAAAAAAGGGCUAGGGUUGAUGAGUACCUGUCCUGGCAGCAUGCCAACAUCCGUGCAAAGGGGAGCAAGYUGUUCCUAAGCAAGGUGCUGCUGCCUCUCCUCACAGGCCAGCCACUUCCUCCAGAGAAACUGGAGUUUGCUACUGAGGAGCUGAAUGUUGCCCUGAAGCAAUUUGAGGAAAAGUUCUUGCAGGACAAGCCCUUCAUCGCAGGCAGCGAGAUCUCCCUGGCAGACAUUGUAGCAGUGGUGGAGCUCAUGCAGCCUGUGUGUGCUGGCUACGACCUGUUUGAGGAGAGGCCAAAGUUAACGGAGUGGCGCAGGCGGGUGGAAGAAGCUGUGGGGAAGCAGAUCUUCCAGGAAGCCCACGAAGAGAUCAUGAACAUUAAGAACUUGACUGCUGAUCAGUUUGCACCUGAGCUGAUGGAGAAUUUCAAGCAGCAGCUCCUAAAGCAGGUCAGCCAGAAUUAGAGGAUUAUGCUCUAAUAAAAUGGA